CUGAAUCACUGACCCCCCACCCUCUCUUUCUUUCUCAAUCUCUCUCUCUCUCUCUCUCUCUCUCUCUUUGUCUCGUUUUCGUUCUCGUCGGUGAGAUCGAUUCUUUGCCUGGCUUUGUUGGAAAAGUCAUGGCCCAACAAGGAUCCGACUUCACGUAUACCUACCGCCCUAUUGCCCCGAAGUCAACUCAGAGAAACAAGCGGGAAGCUCCCGACCCCCCGGAGCCCCAAGGGCCCAAGAAAGACAAAAUAAAGAGAUCGAGUACAUCCUGCGUAGUGUGUAAGCAGAAGAGGGUACGAUGCAACUGGGAGCAAGUGGGCAUUCCUUGCACGCACUGCCAGCUUCAACGACAAAACUGCAUCGUCGACAAGUUCAGCGACAGACGUCGCAAGGAAACGGCGGAAUACAUUAGCGCCCAAGCCAGCUACUACCGCGGCUACCUCGAGCAGGUCAUCCGGGUCUUUGGCGCCGACGACGAGGCAAUCGUCCAGGCGGCCAUCGAAAUCAUCCAAGCCAAGCUUCCCGACGAGGAGACCCGGGCCCGGCUGGACGCUCUGGUCCCCCCGGACGAGCAGCAACCGUCUCUCCUGCCGGAGGAGGAGGUGUUGCAUGCGAUUCUCCAAGCUGGAAAGGUGAAGGGCGAAAAUGUUGCGGUUGGCUCGGGAAAGCUGGGGUUAGAUUCUAUUCCGGAACAGACUUGAAAUCUGGAGCAUCGGGCGAUUUAAGCGAGUUGGGCGGCCUGGGCGGGCUCUUUCCCGAGUUCUAUUUCUUCACCCCCGGGGAACGGAGUGAGCGAGAAUGGUUCUGCUCUUGUUGCGUUGUGAGAGUAGAGGCUGCUGGUCAAGGCCAGGUGGGGGUUUCCAUUCUUUGCUAGCCUGGUGUACUCGAGCUCGCUCUCUCUGUGUCAAGGUACGAGCGUAAUGUUGAACGAGCCCUUGUUUCUCACCUGUGCCACCGGCUGUUUACUUCAGGGUGGGUGAACGCGAGGUGACCAGUCCAAGGAAGAUAGAGCGCUAUUGCGGGGGGUGGAUAAGGUGCAGAGUAGUGAGAGCACGAG